CGCGAAACCUGUUUACAAAGUUCGCGCGGUUUCUCGAUUACGGUCGCAAUAACGCCACUUCGAUUAUCGAAGUCGCGUCGAAUACUCGCGCUCCGUCUGUCACUGUUCAAGACAAAACUAACGCGAAACGGAGCGAAGACGUUUCGUUUUUGAAUCUCGCAGGGAUAACACGAGGGAUAGAUCGCCGGUCGUGCGAAAGAUUGGAGGUUCUCGUUGCCGAGGUGCGCUUGCCACCGCGCAUCACUGGAAUACCUACUUCCAGGAUUCCAGGAUGCAUAAUGUUGUCACAUGGGGGACAGCCAGCUUGAAUGUCAACGAUCAAUAGUAUCACGAAAAUGAUUUGGUGACUCAUAUGUCGAAAGUUUCUCGUGAACCAUGGUGUCCGGGAAUAAUGAGAGACUCCUGCCCGAACCUGAAAACUAUGCCAAGUAUUUUUAUGACCUCUUCAAGAACGUCGCCGAGGCGCAGAGAAGUAAGGGAGAAUGGAAAAAGUGUAAAAAGAAUAAAAGUACUCGUAAACGAAACAAGAAAAAGAUCGAUUUAAAUGGAGAAUUAAAUUACAAUAGUCCACCGGAGAUAGAAACAUCUUGCAAUGCCUCAGCGUUUGCUGUGUUUGCUAGCGUGAGAAGUGCUAUUUUAGAAAAACAUGCAAAAGUGUCGAGCGAAGUUUAUAGAGCGUCAAACUGUAACUCUCCACCACCAGAAUUUAGCGAUACGAUAGACACAGAGAGCGAUGACGACGAUAGGAUAUCAACUAUACAAAAUUUACCAAAGAUUGUAGGUAUUGGUUUAAGAAGUGUUUUUACAUUGAUGCGAGAGAGUAGGACAAUCGAUCCAAUUUUAUGUACAAAAGCACUGUCAGCUCUAUUGGACGUUUUACAAGGGCAACUACCCGAAGGCCUCAAAUCUGAACCAGAUGAUGUUAUUGAUCCACUAUUUGACCUGCUAUUGGAUCUUGCGACAUCCCAUGGCCCCGAGUCGGCCGCUGCCAAUGACGGCAGUCACCUGACAGCCGUUGCUUGCGCGUGUUUACUCAGCCUUGUCGUAGUCAGGGGAGAUACCGGACGCCUGCUCGCGGCAAUUGCCGCUCUGCUUAUGUCCCCAAGAGCAUUAGCGGUACAAAAUAUUCAGAUGCCAUGUGUGUUAACAUCUCUGCAGAGGAGUGUUCACGCCGUUUUGUUAGGUAAACUCGUGAGACCGGAUUGGAUCACGUACGGAGUUCCUAAGUGUUCCAAGAUAUAUACCUCUAUGCUUAAGUUACCAAAUGAGAUGAACAAUAUGGUUCUGAACGAACGUAGUUUCGUGAGCGACGGCAAGUACUUGUAUCUGCACACGUCUCGCGGGCUCUUGAAGAUCGGGAGUGGCCACAGCGGUACAAUAUGGGGACACAUAUACGUACACAAUGCAGAUUUUUACCCGACCGAGAUAGGAUGGCUCGGUUAUGCUAAUAGUUUGUUAUAUUUUAAGCGCGCACCUAGAAAACAAAGCGAAUUGUUAAUCGUCGACGCAGAAACGCUUGUAGUAACGGGGAUCGCCGUGUUGGAAGGGAAAGAUUGGUCAUCGUCUGUGAUGUUCUCCGAUGGCGAAAAUUUGGGAAUGAUAACGGCGGGCAAAGAUGAAGGCUUUGUAGUGCGUACGAUAAAUACACUGAGUAAUCCUGUAACAGUCGCGUCUGAAUUGCCACUGAAAUUGGCAAGGAAAUGCGUAGAUAUACUUGGAUAUGCAUCGUUUGACGAGGAACAAGCAGUGCACACCUUGAAUCCAGGAUGUGACGAUGAGAUAGCGAUGGUUACGGCAGGGAAGGAAUUUGGUUUAUUAAAGACAGUAUCUGGGAAGUUAUUAUACAGCGGAAAAGGUACCUGUCUUGGUAUGAAAAGUAAUACAAGGCCUAACAGGUGGUUGGAGCUUACUUUUGGUAAGGGCCCGAGAGUCGCGCAUUUCGCGGCAGGUCACGAUGGCCAACACGUCAUUAUGGUCAUGGAAGAUGGUUCUGUAUUAUUUGCUGGUACCGCUCGACGUGGAGAGGAUGGAGAUAGUAAUAAAGCUCGCAGACAACCAAAACCAGUGAAACCAAAGAAAAUGGCAAAGGUGGAAGGUCAGUUUAUCGUGGAUGCUGCCUGCAAUAACGGAUCCACCGCUUUGGUCACAAAAGACGGCUCUCUCUUGAUGUUCGGCAAAGACACGUUGCACAGCAAUCCGGUUACAGGUUUAGUUACCGAUUUGAGAGACGUCUGCAUAGUUCGUGUAUCGUUGGGAAAAGCUCAUGCCGCCGCAUUAACCAACAAGGGACAUCUGUACACGUUCGGUAUAAAUAAUAAGGGCCAAUGCGGUCGUGAUUCCGCAACGGUGCACACGGUGAGCAAGGAGGUGUCGGUGGUCGCAAUGGAGAUGGGCACGGGAGAGGAUGAACUUAUAAUAGCGGAAGAGGAGAGCGUGGAUCCCGCGGAAGAUUGGGAGAAGUGGAUGUGCCCGCCGGGGCAGCAUCAGUGGAGGCAUCGCGUCUGCAUGGUCUGCACGAUAUGCAGAGAGUGCACCGGCUACAGUAUGUCGUGUCUGAGCAGCAUGCGCCCCGAUCGGAAUCCUGGUCAGGAGUGCGGAUGCGGCGAGGGGGACAGCGGAUGCGCGGAGUGCGGAUGCUGCCGCACGUGCGCGAGGAAGAGCUGCCGGACUGACAUAGUGGGCUUCAAUUUCCGCGCGUACCUGGAGAGACGGGUGGACGAGAUAAAGCAACGGCAAGGGAGCAAGGCAGGACCGAGCACCGUCAAGUACUCGGUGCAAGGGGUGGAAAGAGUGAAAAUCAAAGGGUCGAAUAAUCAGCGUACGGCUGGCCCGAGUAUCUCGCAGAAGGGAUUUCCGGAGAGAGUGGCGCUGGGACUGGGUGGUAAUCUCGCGGCCGAGGAAGCCGUCGGCGGUAGCGACGUCGAGAGAGGGGACGCAGCGAGAAUCGCGAGCAUAUCGCCGGCGAGAGUUGCUAUACCGAGCGAAAGCCCGGUGGUUCAUGUGUCAUGUGGUUUGCAUCACACAGUAUUGCUUUUGCAGAAUGGAGAAGUGUACACGUUCGGUAGUAAUAUAUACGGUCAAUUGGGCGUUGGGGAUUUGGUGGUACACGCGGGACCGGUACAAGUUAAAUUACCGACUAUCGCUACGCAAGUUGCCGCUGGGAGCAAUCACACCGUUAUACUCACGUCAAAGGGCGAAGUUUAUACAUUUGGUGCAUACCAGAAGGGUCAACUCGGCAUGAAUUGGUGGAGCGGUCAAAACGAAUCUACCAACACUACCUCCCAAGCGAAUCGCCGCACUGAUCGCUCGCAGCCAUGGCACAGUUUCCCGAAUGUAGUUCCGAAUAUCGGGCCGCGGUGGGGCAGGCGCGCGACGUGGGUCGGCGCCGCGGGAGAUCAAACUUACAUUAAAAUAGAUGAGAUAAAUUCGAUCAGUUUAACGAGGAGCACCGUUAUGGCGAAUAAGAAUUGCCUCAUUUUAAUACCUCAUCAAAACGAGCAUGCGAAUUCCUUCAAGAGCCUGGUGAUAAAUAAACGCGACGGGACUUGCAACAGUUACAACGGCACGGAUCAGGUCGAUUUCAAUAACUGCGCGGCGUGUUUAGAUCCCCUCUACAACGUUAUUUGGACUUUCAAUUCGGCGAAUAACGAGAUAAGCUUGUACAACAUAAUAUCGACGGAAACUCGAGCGAUACCCGGUUUAGAAGCUUCCAUACUCAGUCCAGGCCUGGCUCUUCCAGUUGUUUCGACUUGCUUCGUGACGCGUUCUCAAGCUGCGAUGCACUUACUGGCCUGCUUGGAUACGUUGACGCAGGCUCAAGACGAGAACUUGUCGAUAAUCGAAGAAAACGAGUGUAAUCAAUCCACGCACGGUAAGGUCUACAGCCGCGAGGACUUCGCCACCGUUAGUAGAUUCGAAAGUCACGGCGGAGGAUGGGGUUACUCGGCUCACUCGAUUGAGGCGAUCAGAUUUAUGCCCGACACGGACAUCCUGUUGGGAGGAUAUGGAUUAUUUGGCGGUCGCGGUGAGUACACCGCAAAAAUAAAGCUCUUCGACAUCGGAAUCGAAGGUGGUGACCAAGAGAACGACGGCGAGCUCCUCGCGGAGAGCGAAGAGAUUCCGUACGAGUGCGGUCCAAGGCAGAAAUAUUCGAUCCUGUUUGACGAGCCUAUUUCUCUGCAAGCAAACCGGUGGUACGUAGCGUGGGCCAAAGUUGGCGGGCCUUCCAGCGAUUGCGGUUCAGGCGGACAGGGAAUGGUUACGGCGGAAGAUCAGGUCAUGUUUUACUUUAAAUCUUCCAAGAGAUCUAACAACGGCACCGACGUUAAUGCCGGUCAGAUCCCGCAGUUGUUGUAUCGCGUCAUCACGCCCGAAAAUCAAACGUCGAACAGGCAGAGAGACCAGAUCGAGCCGAUUUACGUGCUGAAGAGGGAAUUUAGCAGAACCGUCACGAAGGAAUGCUUCCAGUCGUUGAUAUCUCUUCUUCAGUGGAGUUGGAACACAUUGAAAGCAACGUUGGCCGAUGCGACCGUUCAUGUCGCAUCGUCGAUGCUCGAAAUGGAGCGUUUAGUAUACAUAAGCAAAGCUAGUUUAAGACUGCUCAGAACGUACACCAAUGAGAUUUAUCCGAAUCACGUCGUGAAGAAGAUCCCACCCGAAUCGGUGCGCCUGGCGGAGUGUAUAGGCGAAGUGCGUGCACUAUUGCGUCAAAUCUUGUCGGAUUCCUUACCAAUCACGCUGAAAAGCAAAGGCAAGACACGAUCGAACAAAAGUUCUGGGAGUACUCUGGGAAAUAAGAUGACAAAUAGUAUACUGGAUGAAUGUCAUAAAACAUUUGUCGCUUGUUACCACGCAUUCUAUCCUACCGCGUAUCUCAAGUGGACUUCCUUGUGCGAAUUGUUAUCAGAUAUCGACAAGGAACAAGGCACGACUACGAAAGAUCGUCUCCUCUCGGCUGUGUUGGCUUCGUUGUGCAACUCGGCGAUACGGCUCAGGUGUACGUUUCCGAUCUUGAGCAACAUCAUGGACAGCAGCGACGGCGUGAAGCGACAGCUGAGUCCAUCUGACAAUGCCGGGUUGCUCAUGAUGAACUCGACGGAAGCUCAUCAGUACCCGAUUUUAGUCGGGCAAAUUAAUUAUAAGUCUCAAAUGGAAAGUUCCGGCAAGGAGACCUUAAAUUGGUCAUUCCGCGAAGUACUCGACCGACUGUUGGACCUAAUACUGAUACCGAUCAAGAGAAGCCUCUGCAGAGAAAAGACUCAAUCUCUGCCGGAAUUGGUCCUUCAUUGCUGUUAUUUGUUAGCGCGUGUGAUCGCCGAAUUAGCUGCGCAAUCGAGCGGAAACGAGGACGAGCUGCAAGCUGCCUGCGGCAGACUUAUGUAUACGACACCCUCCAGAUUUACAAGAACGAAUCAGUCAAGAUCGUGGAACACGGGUAAUGGUUCUCCGGAUGCCAUUUGCUUCUCCGUCGACAAGCCCGGCAUUCUUAUAGCCGGCGUCGGUAUUUAUGGGGGUGCAGGCGUGUAUGACUAUGAAUUGGAGCUGUUGGAUGAUCAAAAUAAUACUGGUAACGAUCCAUCGCAUACUCAGCGUUGGAGUAGUUUAGACUUUACGAAAGGAUCCUUCGGACCGGACGACUGUAUUAAUGACAUCGUGGAGCUGAAAUUUGACAAACCAGUGCUGAUUAAGGAAAAUAUCAAGUACGCUAUCAGACUGCGAAAUCGCGGAGGUCGCACUAGUAACGGCGACGGCGGUUUGAGCGUUGUCAAAGGGGCGGAUGGCACAACGUUUACGUUUACAGCCUGCUCCCUAAGUUUUAAUGGCACAACGCAAACCAGAGGUCAAAUACCGCACAUUUUAUAUUAUUCAAAUCCGCAAGAUUCCGGGCAGCACACGAAUAAAGCCAUGGCGGAGGUACAAGCGAGAAAAUGUACCCUCGCCAUGACCGCGACGAUCAUUCAACGAUCGAACGAAAUAUUUUCUCUCGCGCGGGAAAGAGCAGAAGAAGUGAUAGCUAAUGAAGUCCUUGGCAACGCGACUUUUGUAACGACUCUCUUGCCGCUAGUGAUGGCGCACAUUAGUCCUUUAGCCACAUCCGAUCCUAGAAGUAGCGUACAAAUACUUACUCUAAUACAGGAGAUGCUGCCUCAUGUCGCAGCUUUAAACUUACUGUCCACCAUGGGAACCUCUCAGAUAUCCCAAGACAGUGAAACUCAAUCACACUUUGCUCCUCCCGUCACUACUAGUCAUCAUUAUACCUGGCUGGAGAGCGAGCAUCCUUAUAAGCCGGCAACAGUAUCGUAUUAUAAAGUCACUUUUCCAGAAACAGUGAAGUGGUUAACUGUCGAAUUUACCCCGGAAUGUGGAACCUCGCAACCGGAGGAUUACCUACAGCUUUACAUACCAAAUAUAAUUCCCAAUUCUUCCGUUGGAGCAACUCUGAAUACUAUCAGCGAAGACGUUACCUUGUAUUGGCCUGUGAUACACAAACUAAGCAAUAUUCAGAGUCAGUGGCCUCAAAAUGCUAUUGUGCUACCAGGGAAUGAAGUAAUAUUUUCCUUGGAAACCGCGUCCGAUUACAUGAAGAACGAGAGCUCCAUCACAUAUGGGUUCAAAUGUUUGGUUAUCGGUUACGACUGGAUAACGUCUGGCCAUGGUCUGAAGAAUUUGGAGAUUGAGUUAGCUUUUCUUGGAGGAGCGUGCGCUGCGAGUCUCAUGAAAAAGAAUUUAUCGUUGCCUCCAGUAUCCUCGGAAGAAGUCGACGAGGAUUUAGAAUCAAUGCAGGAAACGGCGAAGAGAAUAUUCACCGUGCAUUCGGCAUUACUUGGACGGGGAUUCGCACUUGCAUCGCCUCCUACAGUUUCGCAGGCGCUCGACGGCGUACUUCCAUAUAGUUGCCACUCGAACGAACGUCUAUUUCUGCGUGAUUUCGUCUCUUGCUCGGCUGGCACCAGCGGCGGCAGACUCGCGCGAUGGCUACAGCCGGACAGCUUCGUCGAUCCUUCUCAAUGCGAGGCGCUUUAUUCGCGAGAAGAAAUGAGAUGCGGAUGGCCGGCUAUCGUUACCGUGCUCACGAGGGAUCAAUACGGCGAGGUUGUGCACGUACCCGGAUUGAAGAUCGAGGUGAAAGCGGUACCGAUCGAUAAGACGGACAUCACGGACUCCGAUCAGAGCAGAAAGAUUCGUCGCGUCUCCCAACCCGACCCGAUGACCUUUGGGGGCCACCCGCAACCCUCCUUGGACGUGCCAUACGAGGUGACCAUCAACAACAAGAUGUGUUUCUACGCCAUCACCAUCAUGAAGGCCUAUCAGAAUUACUCGUUCGAGGAACUGAGGUUCAUGUCACCCGCCGUGAAGAGAUCGAGCGAGAGCAUGUUGGUCAGGCCUAACGGCGACGGUAGUUACAGCGCUACGUGGACCCCGUCCUCGGUCGGCUGGUACUCGCUGAUGAUCACAGUUGAUGGUUACAGUAUGGAAGAUAAUUACAAAGUCGAGGUGAAGGAACCGCCGCAAGGUAUACAACCGCCAACUCAGAACAUUGUCAAAAAGCCGCAGCUUCAGCCGAGCAGACUGAGGAAAUUCGUGGCGAAAAAUAGCGCCGGCUUAAGAAUACGGGCUCAUCCAUCGCUGCAAAGCGAACAAAUCGGAUUCGUCUCGGUUAAUGGCACUAUAGCCUUCGUUGAUGAGAUUCACAACGAUGACGGUGUCUGGCUACGUUUAAACGCGGAGACAAUCAAAGAAUACUGUAAUAGCAGCCAUCUCGAAGCUUGGUGCCUGCAAUACAAUCAGCAUUUAGGCAAAACUUUGCUCUUACCAAUAGAAGAACCGAAGUCUAUCCUCGAUCAAGUUAUCAAGGAGACUAUUCUACGGAAACGCCCUGACGCUAGUGACGAUAAGAGAAAGACUGUGACUUUUGAUGCCGGAAGGAGCAUGAUAGUCGUGAAGUGUGGAGCUUCCGGGCACAAUAUCCGAAGUAAACCGAGUUUAAAAGGCGUGCCAAUUGGGAUGCUUGCACUUGGGAAUACAGUAACUGUGCAGGAAUAUUGCGUGAACCAUGAAGGAACUUGGGUGCGCAUCGACGAUGAAUCGACGACGAAAUAUUGCUUCGACAAGGGUCGAAGUAUGGAGGCAUGGUCGCUCGCGAUCAACAAACAAACCGGCGUAAUUUAUAUGAAGCUCGAGCACGACUUGGAAAACGAUCCGGUCGAGAAGAAACCGAUGCUGCCGGACCCGGCCGUUUCGCCGAGCAACAAGGGUUUCGACUUUUCCGUACCAUCCGUUAGUCACGAGGGCUUCAAUUUUACCACGCAGAACUACACACCGGACACGGCGGACUCUGUCGAAGGCUGCAACACGAAUCCAUUUGUUUUCGGCUCGUACAAUCAACACGAUUCGCCAGGAAGCGAACGCUUUACGUCAGAGAAGGCCGAUCAAAAGUUUUCGAAACCUCAUUCCAAGGAGAGAGUAGCGAAAGAGCGUGAGAGAGAAGGCGGCGGAGGAAAGUUUAGUGUUUUGCAGAAAUGGCUAAGGGGAGAUGAUAAAUGUCACGGUGAAAAAAGAAGUUCUCCGGGCAGAGAUUUCUCCGAAUUCGUGGGCGUGUCUGUGAAGGAGUUAGUAAAAGCCAUGGGGGAAAGCCGCGUGAAUGGCAACGGCGCAACACCACCGGAAACCCCACGACGGACAUCAAGAAGCUCCUCGCCGAAGAAUCCCCAAGCUGGGUCACCACGAUUUCACAGCCCGUCUUCUAGUCCAGUCCCAAUACCCGCUGGGUCCAGUCGACAACCAGCCGUUUCUGGCAAUUGCCUCUUCCCUCCUACUGCUAACGCACCAGGUGGGAGAAGCGCGAUAGGAGGGGGAGAGAGUAUGAGUAGCAGCCCUGUACUCUGCGGCUCCCCCCGCAGUGUCGGCCUCUCCCCGUUAGUGUCAGGAGGAAUGGUCGACAGCAUAACGUCGCAACGUCGCGGCUCGACACAGAGCGACACAAGUGCCUUGGUUAGCAGCUUGACUAGAGAUCCAUCUCAGUCGCCGAGCGGUAUUAGUACUACUGCCAAUACACGUGAUCUAUCACCGAGUCCGAGUUGCAGUUCUUUACACAUGAGAUCGGAGGGAAGCAUAGCCAGCCCGCCUGAUACUCCGAAGAAGGAGGGCGCGGAUUCUCAAGAAAGUCCGCGCAAAAUGUCUCAGGCGCAAACUCAGACGAGUCCCGAGAGCGCUACCACGGCUAUGAAGGGUCACUUUAGCAUCGGCUCAUCCGGCACGAAGGACGAACGACAUUCCCCGAAAAUGAGCAGGCGGGAUCACAUGAAAGCUGUGAAAACGAGGGCGAAACGCGCCAUGUCACCGGCAAACGCACAGCAGAGCCCAAAUCCUAAUCGUGCCCUAAACCUAAGUAAAGACAAAGUGAAGGAAGCGAUCAGUCCUUCCGUGGCGGAAUGCCUGAGGGCUGUUUUCGCGGCGUUCUUGUGGCACGAGGGAAUCGUGCACGAUGCCAUGGCGUGCGCGAGCUUCCUCAAGUUCCAUCCGAGCUUGCCGAAGCAGGGUGCGCUGGUCGUGACCAGACAGACCGUUGUGCAGUCCAGCGACAAGCAGCAACAGGAGCAGAAGGCACGGCAAAGGCACUCGGUCGAAGUGACGAACGCUGGUAAUUACUUGCACAUUCAGCCCAGCACGUUGGAGACUCUUACGCGUUCAGCCGCCAACGCUAACGCGAACAGAAGCCGGAAGAAGCAGGAAAACACGAUCAAAGAAGAGAUUCAGGCGAAUUCAGGCAAGCUUAGUUCCUUGCCUGAAUUUCAUACGGUCGCGGUAUUACCGCCCGCUUUGAAGAGCCUGGUUUUCCUGUGGGAAGAGCUCAGUACCAAUUGCCUGCAAGCCAUCGAGCAACAGUCGAUCCUACCCAGCCCCAUAUCACAGAUACAAACGAUGAAGCUGGCGAAGCGGCCGAUACCAGAGAAGCGUCCGAGAGAGGACAAAUUGAAGGAACGUGAGAAGAGGGGCAGCCGGAAGAAGAAAGAAUGGAAGCCCAUCGGCAGAACGAAUACCGAAGUUCUAGGGGGAAUCGAGCGCGAGACCAUUUGCGAGCUUUGCGGUCUGAUGUUUCCGCAUCCAGUCACUUACCACAUGAAGAUGAUGCAUCCAGGCUGCGGUUGGCACGCGGGUGGGAAGGGCUACAACAGCGGCGGCAGUUACUGCGUGGGAUGGGCCGGUGACUGCGGGGAUGGUGGUGUCGGUGGUAGCUCUUGGUAUCUGAUUUGCGACGCGUGCCGUGAUAAGUACCUGAAAGCUAAAAAGAAUAAGCUCGCGAAGAAAUUCGUGAACGGCGUGUCGAAGAGAAAAAACGGCACGAGCAAGAUGCUGUCUCCAAUUAACAGCCCUGGCGGCAACGAGACUCACAUCAUCAUGAAAAACAAUGCAAUGUUCCUGUUGGACCUGGCCAGCGCCUCUGGCUUCAACAUUCCUAAGCAGCAAAGACGACCGUCGCAGACUUUAUCGUCCGUUGCUGAGAAUUACAGUCCUCCCGAAGCCACUGGACCGUUUCCCCCAACUGGACCAUUCCAAUGUCUGCAGGCGUUGGGUCUUCAUCAUUCGCAGAGUCACGACGAGAGGUAUUACGAGGAAACUCUGAGGCGUGAAAAUGGCCAGCAAAAUAAUUACGAAGGAAGCAGCGGCACCUUCAGCAACACAAAUGGCAGGCCGUUAUCGGAAUACCCGAUGAGCGAUAGCGAUAACGAGAGCGGCAAGAAUCGCAGCAUGUUUCACAGAUCAGUUUCUAUGUCCACCGGCGCACCAUGGGCUAGAAAUAGCAAUGACGGCAGAGUUGUUAUGAUGAGAAAACGCAAUAACAGCAGCAGCGAAAUGACUAAUGAAGGAGGAUCCUCGCUUUUAUGUUAUCCAUCUGCUGCACUGCAAAAAUUAGUGCCGUCGAUGGAUCAAUCCGCGAUAGUAUCUACGAGCCAGGCCGAAGUGGCGAAUAACGACCGAAUAGAAAUUUUGAUGAGACCAGUAAUGCUGUUCGUUCUUCAGCAACACAACUUGCAGCAUCUGCAGCUCGCGAUGAAGCAGGCGUUGCGCCGCGCCGCGUGUCGAGUCUACGCCAUGCAGGCGCUAAAUUGGCUUUUAAGAAGCGUAACGCAGCCAAUUUGUUUGCAUGAUUUACUUUGGUGGUUCGUCUCGUCUCUCACACCGGUCGUUUCGUCGGACAGCGCGGAUACGAACGAUGACGAUAAUAAAACUGAAAAGAAAGAGGAUCAUGAUAUUGUCGGUGUCAGCGAGCAUCCUUUGAGCGAUUUGGUAAUAGCCGGGGAAUCCGUUAAUCCGUUACCCACUGUAUUCCAUACCUUGUUGCAAACAAUUGCAGAUUUAAUGUUAUUGCCACCACUUGGCUCGCCAUUACAACAAGCUGCGAUCCGAUGCUGGGGUAUUCGAUUCACACCAGCCGAUCACAUGUUCUUGCAUAGAAGCCACGUAUUUAGUAAUAUUAGCAAGAUCCUCUCGCGAUCCGAGGAAGAGGAAGACGUGACGAUGAGCAUGCACGAGAGCCACCAGUCGACAAUUUCGCAGCAGAUGAACAGUUGGGUGGAGACCCUGAAGGAUUUAACAUCCAGCGUUGAGAUUAAAGCGUCUAGUAGGCAAGCCAUGAUCGGCAGUCUAACGGACAACUCGACAGAAACGUUCUGGGAGUCCGGAGACGAAGAUCGUAACAAAACUAAAGUGAUCACAAUCAUCUGCGGUGUCCAUUCCUUACCGAGAAUGGUAUACGUACACAUCGACAAUUGCCGCGACUUAACACACAAAGUAUCAAGUGUGACUUUCCUGUCUGGUAUCAAUGCCGACGAAAUGAUAAAAUUAAGAUCUGCGGAGAUUGAAAGCAGAUCAGCUGGAUGGAUUAAUUGCCCAAUAACUGAUCAACGCCACACGGUCGUGGGAAUGGAACUCAAGGGUCCGGAUAAUUCUCUGAGAGUCCGGCAAAUCAGAGUGCUAGGCGAGAUUGAAGGAGAGUCUCUCAAAGUAGGAAAACAGUUAAGCGCGCAGACUAUUCAACAGAGAAACUGCGAGGCGGAGACCCUAAAAGUAUUUCGUCUGAUCACCUCUCAGGUAUUCGGGAAACUCAUACAAGGAGAGAAGCAACAGCAGAUGGAGACAACGGAGGGUGUCAACGAGGACAUCGAGGACAGCAACGAUCUGCGGGAGCACAUGGUCGGCAUAUUAUUCAGCAGGAGCAACUUGACGCAUUUGCAGAAACAAGUGUGCACCCAUAUCGUGCAAGCGAUCAGAAAGGAGACGAUCCGCUUGAGGGAAGAGUGGGAGGCGCUUCUGUGCUCGCCGACGCCGGUUAACAGCGUGUUAAGCGACAACAGCGAUCUGCCGAAAGCGGCUGAUACUUACUGCUUUGAGAUGCUCUCCAUGGUUCUCGCUCUGAGCGGUAGUUCCGUAGGACAAUAUUACCUAUCGCAUCAAACUGGGCUGUUGAAGGAUCUACUCAGUCUGUUGCACACCGGAUCAGCUAGGGUGCAACGUCAGGUGACCUCCCUUCUGAGGCGAAUAUUGCCCGAGAUUAAGCCGGAAGCACUGGCGGGUGUAGUAAACGUCGAGCGAUUACCGCCUACUGAUUUUAGCAUCGUAUCCGCGGCGAACAGCGGUCUAACUCACAUCUCAGACUUCAAUGAACAUUCCGCCGGGAUCCUUGAUGUAUUUCUAAGCUGCAUCGCGAAAGCGUUGACCGUACAAGUUAAGGUGAAAGGGAAAGAGAACAACGGCAAGGCACUGCAAAGUGUUUCCUUAGCUACCAGCAUCCACCCGAAGAGUUUCGUUGGCACGAGAUGGUGGUUGAGGGGUUGCAUGACCCGUAAGCUGGCAGAGGUGAUAAUUCAGCUUCUAAAAGACAUGGCAUCGGGCAAGUUGUCAGAAGAAUGGGCAUCUGUAACGAAAGCAGCCAUAGCCGAGAAUAUCCUAAAUUUAACUAGACUGGACGAGAAGAGCCGCGAUCCUACGGAAUGUCUUCGAUCUCCGACACUGUGGUUGGCACUCGCCUCGUUGUGCGUUUUGGAUUCGGAUCACGUGGAGAGAUUGUCGUCUGGCCAAUGGAGCGGUUCCGAGGGACAACCGUUGCCGCCUAGACCAACAUGUAGUAAUCACGAUGACGACGAGACCACGGCCAUUAUUCAGUGCAACGUUUGCGGCAAUCUGUGCGCAGAAUGCGAUAGAAUUUUGCACCUUCAUCGAAGGACCAGGACGCAUCUCAGACAAGUGUGCAAGGAGGAGGAAGAAGCGAUACGAGUAGAUCUCCACGAAGGCUGUGGCAGAACAAAGCUCUUCUGGAUUCUCGCUCUGGCGGAUAGCCGGACUUUGAAGGCGCUGGUAGAAUUUCGCGAUGGCUCGCCGAGGAAGCCGGUCGGCGCCACCACCGGCAUCUGUCGAUUUUGCGGUACAAUCGGCAACACGGGCUUGCUAGCGAUCGGUAACAUUUGCGCCGAUCACGAUUGCCAGGAACACGCGAAGAACGCUUGUAACAAGGUUCACUCUUGCGGUCACAUUUGCGGGGGUGUUAGGAACGAGAGGGCUUGCCUGCCUUGCCUGCAUCGUUGCUUACCGGGGAGCGAUCUGAAGCAGGACGCCGAUGACAUGUGCAUGAUCUGCUUCACCGAGGCCCUGUCUUGCGCGCCGGCGAUUCAGUUGCAGUGCGGCCACGUGUUCCACUUGCACUGCUGCCGGCACGUUCUGAUGAAGCGUUGGGUGGGACCGCGGAUCACCUUCGGCUUCUCCCUCUGCCCGAUCUGCAAGGUACCGAUGGAUCAUCCGACGUUGUCCGAGCAACUGGCCAGCGUGAAGGAGCUCUACGAGGACGUGCGAAGGAAAGCUCUGAUGCGCCUGGAGUACGAGGGCUUGCACAAAGCCGAGGGAGCUUUCGCACCCGGCGGUCGAUACCAGGACCCCGCCGCUUACGCGAUGGAACGCUACGCGUACUACGUGUGCUACAAGUGCCAGAAGGCCUACUACGGUGGUGAGGCGCGUUGCGACGCACAACUAGGUGGCGAGUCGUUCGAUCCCGCGGAACUAGUGUGCGGUGGUUGUAGCGACGUGGCAAGGGCUCAGAUGUGUCCGAAGCACGGGGCAGACUUCCUGGAAUAUAAAUGCCGAUAUUGCUGUUCGGUGGCGGUCUUCUUCUGCUUCGGAACCACGCACUUCUGCAAACCCUGCCACGACGACUUCCAACGUGUUACUACCAUACCCAAGAGCGAGCUGCCUAUGUGCCCUGCUGGUCCGAAAGCCAAGCAACUGGAAGGAGACGAGUGUCCGUUGCACGUGAAGCAUCCGCCGACGGGAGAGGAGUUCGCUCUGGGCUGCGGCAUCUGCCGCAACGCGCACACCUUCUAAAGCUUCCACAGCGCGCUAUCUUGUGAUCUUUAUGAAAUCGGAAUUGACGCAGUUUAGUAGUAGAAAUACGAUGAUGUUUCAAUUCAGGUAGCUUCAAUCCCUGAUGAGAGAUUUAUCGCGACGCGAGAACAUAUUACCUACUUGUUAAGUAACUGGACAAAUCGUUUUUAUUGAUAAACAAUUAAUUAGCAGCGAAUUAGCUGUCGACGAUAGGCAACCGCAAAAGGGCGCGCAAACUUGCGUAUCAAACUUCAACACGCACGCGAGUCAAAAGCAAGGUUUGCGUUAUGCGCAGGAUGUAAUGUAGAGUGAUAAUUUAAUAGACAUAAUAGGCUCGUACGAUAUAGAUCUAUAUAUACAUAUAUACAUACAUAUUUAUAUAUAGAUCUGUAUAUUUGUCUACGUAUCUAUACAUAGAUAUAGAUACCUAAUCUAUAUAUAAUAUAG